ACCAGGCGGGGCCAACCUCACUAAGCGCAGCCGCUAAUCACUCACCACGGGUCCUCUUCCUCUCCCUCCCGCAGUCCCGCUCUCCAGUCUCCACCGCCACCACCGACGCCGGAAUGAAGGCCGUGCCAGCCGACAGCGCCGCGUCCCCGGCGCCGGCGACCAAGAUCAACAUGCCCGCGGCUUCCGCGGCCGGCGGCGCGGAGGCGGCGCUCCUCGGGAAGGGCCGGUACAAGGUGUGGGCCUUGGCCGCCAUCGCGCUCCUCGCGCUCUGGUCCAUGUCCGCCGCCUCCGUCUCGCUCCGCUGGUCCUCCUCGGGCGACCUCGCAUCCGUCUACGGCGACCUGGACGUCCCGCUCGCCGACGACCUCGAUUCCCUCGAGAUGGAGGAGAGGGAGAAAUUAGUGGGGCGAAUGUGGGACAUGUACACACGGACCAGUGAUGAGGUACGGCUUCCACGGUUCUGGCAGGAGGCGUUUGAGGCUGCAUACGAGGAACUUGCUGGCGAUGAUGUGCAGGUGCGUGAUGCAGCUAUCUCUGAGAUUGCCCGAAUGUCAGCCCACAAACUUGAACUCGAGCAGACACUGAAUGAGAAUGAGGAAGAGAAUGCCGUGAGCAACAGAGGUGGCAGGUCAAAGGCGAAUUAGUAGUUCCACAAAUAUCUGUGGCCUGAGGACCUGAAGAUUGCUUGGCUGAAAAGCCAUGGCUGAAAGUAUUUUGAUGAAAUUAUUACUAAACUGGUUGUUCACUGGAUCUGUACCAGGUAGAUCAACAAGGUGCAUUUAUGGCACUGUGUAACACUACUAUGAAGUUGCACUACAAUUUAGUGAGAGCAAUGCGUAUGGAUCCAUACUAGGAAAUCCGAAUUGAAUGUCAUUACACUGACCAUCACUAAUCUGAUGAUCAUGUCGCAUCAGGAGACUCGAACCGGACUGCUAUGAUGUGACCAUGGUCCCAGUAAUGUUCAAGAUGCUAUUGUAUUCGUCUCUGCUAAGAUCCGAUUUUUUUUU